UGCGCAUGCGCGGCACCGUGAGUCAGGAGUCUCCGCUUGGCACCCGCCAGAGGCCUCCUCCUCACCACCUCCUCCUCACCCUCACCACCUCCUCCUCACCCUCCUCUAUCGUCACCUCAUCGUCGCCACCCGCACGGCCCUCGCCAUGCUCAUCACGCUCAAGACGCUGCAGCAGCAGACAUUCAGAGUGGACGUCGACCCCGAUGAGACGGUGAAGGGCUUCAAGGAGAAGAUCGAGGCAGAGAAAGGAGCAGACGCCUUCCCGGCCUCGGGUCUCAAGUUAAUUUACGCAGGCAAGAUCCUGAACGACGAGUCGACGCUCAGGGAGUACAAGAUCGACGACAAGAACUUCGUGGUCGUCAUGGUGGGCAAGGGAGCGGCGGGAGCUCAGGCCAGCGGUGCCAGCACCAGCAGCGGCACCAGCACCACCAGCAGCGCCAGCACCGGCAGCACCAGCAGUAGCGCCGCCGCCGCCACCGCCGCAGCCGCCGCCACGCAGGAGCCAGCGGCGCCGGCCCCCGUGGCGGCCGCGCCGCCCGCUAGCCGGCCCUCCGCGGUCGCCGGCGCCGCGCCAGCCGCACGAGCCGCCCCCAGGUACCGCCGCUCGCCCGCCCGGCCGCCCGCCGCCGGUUUGCGUUGGCACGGCUCUUCGCAACUUGUCGAUUCCUGGACUUGA